AUGGAUGGACAUCACAACCCUUCAAAUGGAACAGGUGCCGAUGAAGGCCCUGCCCCGAAAAAACCCUGUCUUAUUGAGACGCCUAUCGCAGGGACCCCAGACAACGGCAGCGAUUUCUACAACACUCCCUUGGCUGCAGGUACACCAGACAUAGGUAUAGCCAGUCUAGAUUCUGGAAGCAGUGCAUCUGAACCCUCUACUUCCUCGAAGCCAACCUAUAUGAUCCCCGGAUUAAACCUUAUCCACCACCCCUCCGAACAAAAAAAUGGCUCGCCUCCGACCGAAGACACAAUCAAGCAAGAGGAAGGUCAACUAGUGAACCAGCAAGAUGUUGAGACAGAGCUCAAGCAAGAGGAAAUUCAGCACAUUUGCCAACCCGAGUCCACCGACUCAGUCAUGAAGGACGAGACAGAGGCGAACCAAAUAAAAAAUGAACCCACUGCUCCCCUCAGCGAAGCUAUAAAUGCCGAUCAAGAUACCUGCCAAGACAAUAUGAUCGAAGCCACUGGUCAGGCUGACGAUGCCAAAGAAGAUGAGCACCCUGAGUGGGAGGUUGACUCUUCCCCAUACGAGUCAUCUUCAGACAGCUCUGAUUCCUCGGACUCCGAUGAUAGUGACGAUGAAGACUAUCCCAUCCUCAGCGCCGAGGAGCAAGCACAGAUUCUCAUGCGGGCGGAAGGUGGUUCCGAUGACGAAGGAGACGGCAAGGGGAAAACAGGCGGACAACUGCGGACCACCAAUGAAAUCGAAUACGAGGCCCUGCCUAUCCCUGACGUUACGAUCACCCCCGAGAUGAAGAUUGUGUUCCUCGGGAAAGUUCAUGCCGCCAUCGAUAACAAUGUCCUUAUCGAGGCUAACACCUCCGGAGAAUACCAGGUACUUGAGUCGGGCUCCUUGCUUUGCUCUGAUGAUCGCCAGGUCAUUGGUGUAGUAGCAGAGACCCUGGGCAGAGUGGAAAAUCCUCUGUAUACAGUCACAUAUGCCACAGCCUCCGAAGUACAGGAAAAGGGCUUAGUCAAGGGCAAGGAUAUCUUCUAUGUUGAGGGACACUCCACCUUUGUGUUCACCCAGCCGCUCAAGGGCAUGAAGGGAAGUGACGCUUCCAACUUCCACGAUGAGGAAGUUGCUGCCGAUGAGAUAGAAUUCUCCGACGACGAAGCAGAGGCUGAAUACAAGCGGAAGCUGAAGCAGAAGCGACAAGAGCGAAAGGAAGCCAGAGAAGGCCCCAAGGGUAAGAAGCCAGCCCCAGGACCUUCAAAAUUGAACCAGACCGAGCUCAACUACGACGAUGCCGGAGGUGAGGAGGGCUACACCCCUCUUGCACGCCCUACCAACCUUCACGAAAUGAUGAAUACCCGCGAGCCACCAGUUGAAGGCAACGAGCGUGGCGGGUUCCGUGGCGGACGAGGUCGGGGUCGGGGUGACCGUGGACGCGGAGGACGGGGCAGAGGUGGACGUGGAGGAAGGGAGUGGGACCAGGACCGUCGGCCCCAGCAGGCCAGUGGCCCAACCCACGAGUCCCAGCCUCAGCCUCAAGCACAGCCCACCGCUCCCUACAGCCAGCCAAUGUACCAGCAACCUCAACAGCCAUACGGGAUGCCCCAGCCCUUCGCUGCGUAUGCUCAAUACGCACAGCAGCAAGCCCAGAACCCGCAACAUGCGCAACAGCAACAGCCGCAAUUUGGCCAAGGUGGAGCGCAGCCACAGAUGCCUUUCCAGUUCUCUCCAUACCCGGCCUUCCAACAACCGCAAUCCAAUGGUUUCCAGAACGUCCAACAGGGUGCUUCUCAAUUCAACCCUCAAUCUCUGGCUAUGUUGCAACAACAGCAACAAUUCAUGCAGCUUCUGCAACACCAGCAGCAUUACCAACAAUCUCAGCAGCAUUACCAACAACCCCAGCACCAACAGCCUCAGCCUCAAAAUCCGGCUAUGAACUUUGACCAAGUUAAAGCUCAGCUGGAUCUGCUGCGAAACCUGAGCGGCGGGAAUCAGGGUCCUCCUUCUUCCUGA